AUGGACUUCUUGGCAAAUGUUAGCGGAAAUGUCCUAUCGGCGGCCCCCUAUCCAAAUCUGGGUCUUGACCACCCAAUUGUUACAUACUUCGGAUCUCUCACAACCGUCGGUAUCACGACUGUGCUAGUUGCAUUUGUAACUUUUCUGUGCUAUGAAGCCUACAGGCCAAAAGUUCAUCCCAAAUCCCCAGCUUUCAUUUCCGACACCAUUCCAAUCCUCGGUUCGAUUGGGUCCUUUUGGAAAGAUGCCCUCGAACAAUCCAAAACUGGGAACUUUAGCUUCUGGCAGGGAAAGAUUCAUAUCGUCGGCAUCUCCGGCCCUGCCGCGCGUAAAAUGCUCUUGGAUCAUCCCAGCCUUGACUUUGUCGCGGCUCAAAGCUUGCUGGCGUUUGGUAUGCACUUUUGGCCCCCAAUCCACGAGAUCUUCCAGCAGACUGGAGAAAGAGCUCGCAAUAAUACACACUUCCUACGCACCUUGCUCGGUCUUUUGAAGACAGCUCGGAUUGAAAGGGUUCUCUCUGGCUUGCUGGAAGAUGCACGCUUGGAUUUUCAGGCAUUAUUACCAGAGAGCCCAAAUGGAGUUGUCAACGCACCAGAUCUGUGGAGAACAGUGUUUAAACAAAGCACUCGACUCUUUUUCGCCGACGACUUUGCAGUUGACAAGCAGCUAUUUGACAGGACAGCCGAUCAUCUUGAAGUCAUUUUGCAUUCUUACAGCCCAUUUUACGCUUUCCGGCAUUGGAUUCUCGAACCGAGUAUGAUUCGCAGGCGCCUUGCGCGUCGCGGGCUCCGCCAGACAGUGCAAAAGCUCGUGGCUCAGCGCAAGAGAUAUGGCUUCAAGUAUAAGGAUGAUGCACUCCAAACAAUGAUUGAUAACGGAGAUCCGGAAGAGUUCAUUACUGAAUUUUGCGCGAGCGCCACUUUCAUCACGACAACUAAUGCGCACAUUAUUUUCCCUCAGCUCAUCAAUACCAUGGCCGUGCAUCCAGAAUGGCAAGAAAAGGUCUACCGAGAGGUCUAUGCUGUCGCUAAAGAGCAUUGUACCAACAAAUCGCUGCCUCUAGUUGAGCAAUUGAAGUAUGUCCCUCUCAAAGCAUGGGAGACAUCAUUCCCGAUGCUCGACCUGUGCAUCUAUGAAAUCAUCCGGGUGUGGACAUCAUUUGCUGUUGGAAGGUUGAAUACGUCAUCUGAGGCUAUACUCAUCCCAGGAUCUGAUGAGGUCAUUCCCGCAGGUGCCUAUGGUGUCUGGAAUUCAACCGAACUCAACUUUGACGCGAAGCUUUUCCCCAACCCGCGCAAAUUUGACCCCAUGCGUUUUGCAGAGGGGCGUCGAGAAUUCGAAAAAGAGCCAUACGGAUUUUUUGGCUGGGGGUUGGGUAUGCAUCCAUGUGCCGGUAAACGCUGGGGCAAGUUGCAACAGAACAUUUUGAUUGCUCACGCUUUGGCUACUUACAAGUGGACCAGCUGUGAUGUAAAUGGCAAGGCUGAUCCUUAUGCUGCACAGAGACAGGAUAUGGGCGCUGAACUAGAUUCAGAGAAGAAGUUUGCCCUGCCUCCGGCGUAUUGCAAGAUGGAACCUCGAAAGUAA